UGUUUCUCUGUGACCAGAUCUCUCUCUCUCUCUCUCCCUCUCUCUCCCUCUCCCUCUCUUAUUUCGGAUUCAAACGCACCGUUUCGAUCGAAUAGUUGGCCUUUCUCUAUUCUUUGAUGCUCUCCACUUCGCUCCUCGCAGCUCAGUUCGCUUGUGGAUUUGAUGUGCGAAGGGGUUGGUCCUGCCAUAUCAUAGGGGGACUAGUAUGAUUUGGAGUACAAGUAGUGGAGGAAGUUGUCGAUUAGGGAUCGGCGUAUGUAGCUUUAACUGCCUGUUGCAUAACUAUGGGAAGUGACAAAAAAAUUUCUACUCCUACUCCAGAAGGGCCUGGUGGUGACAGUCUUCCGAGAGCUCGGCCUGUUCACGGGAGGUCUACUGGGCCUACGAGGCGUUCUACAAAAGGACAAUGGACACCUGAAGAGGAUGAGAUAUUGCGGAGGGCAGUUCAGAGUUUUAAGGGAAAGAAUUGGAAGAAAAUAGCGGAGUGUUUCAAGGAACGGACUGAUGUGCAAUGCCUGCAUAGGUGGCAGAAAGUUUUGAAUCCUGAGUUGGUCAAGGGUCCAUGGUCUAAAGAGGAGGAUGAAGUUAUCACUGAAUUGGUGAAAAAGUAUGGCCCAAAAAAGUGGUCCACUAUCGCACAGCAUUUACCUGGACGUAUUGGUAAGCAAUGCAGGGAAAGGUGGCAUAAUCAUCUUAAUCCUGGCAUAAACAAAGAAGCAUGGACACAGGAAGAAGAGUUGGCUCUGAUUCGCGCUCAUCAAAUUUAUGGGAACAAAUGGGCAGAACUAACAAAAUUCUUGCCAGGAAGAACGGACAACGCUAUAAAAAAUCACUGGAACAGUUCUGUGAAAAAGAAGUUGGAUUCUUACUUGAAGUCGGGUUUACUACCAGACUUGGAAGGAAUGCCUCAUGUUGGACAUCAAAACCAACCCAUAAUCUCAUCUUGUUCAAGAGUGCAGACCAGUGGAGAUGAUAGUACUCCUAGAGGUGCUGAAGGAGAAGAAAUGUCUGAAUGCAGCCAAGAUUCAAACCUAGCUGGUUGCUUUCAGUCUGGAACAGAAAUGGUCAAUGUGGUAUUACAUAAGAGAGAUCGUUCGCAUAUCCGUGAAGUAUCCCGAUUAGGAAAUGACCCGAGCUCCAGUCCAGCGUCCUGUUCAGAACCAUAUUACCCGUCUAUGGGGGAUGCCAAUUUUUCCAUCCCAGAAAUACCUCCUGAAAUUGUUAGCUCUUCCAAAUUUAUAGAGCAGAGUUUUUCACAUGAUGCUGGAGAGUUGAUGAGUGUGGAUUUCCAGCUUAAUAUGCAGGAGUUCACUAAUAUUUCAUCACAAGAAUCAGGCCACGAGGCAUCUGGGAUGCAAACCCAUUGUAUGAGUUCUAAUGAGAUCCAUGAUGUGAUGAACUUUCCAUUUCAAACUGGGAUAUGUGGUUCUAUUUCCAUGGGGAAUAUGGCUGAUGGUUCGGUAAAAUCAGAGCGGAUGUUGAUAUCCGACGAUGAAUGUUGCAGGACUUUGUUUUCUGAGGCAAUGAAUCAGGGAUAUUGUUUCUCUAGAGAGCUUCCAAAUGGGACAAGCUUGGUUGAUUUGAUUACAUGUGCAGAUUCAUUACUUUUAGAAUCGUCAAACCUCCAAAUGUCUGAAACCAUUAGACCUUCUCAACUUUAUUGUGCUUUGAACUCGGAUGUAGUUGGAACUUCAUGCUCUCAACCAGUUUCAGCUCAUGAUGGUCCACUGAUGUUUGCUGUAGAGCCUAAUCAUUUACUCAGUGUUCAAGAACAUGAUUAUAUCACACAUUCAGAGGAUGCGUUGGUCUACACUAAUGACACUGCCACAUCUCCCAGCAAUGUUGAUGGAAAUAAGAAAAGAAUGGAAGAGCAAUCUGAUUUGGUUGAUGAUUCUUCAAAUUUAGUCCCUGUAAAUACAUUUGAUUCGGCAUUGGACACACAAACUUCUCCUGCUAUGGAUGUGAGAUCAGACGCGCACACAGAGCAGCAGGACGACAGAGCUCUAUGUUACGAACCUCCUCGCUUUCCGAGUUUGGAUGUUCCAUUUUUAAGUUGUGAUCUUGUACAAUCAGGAAAUGACAUGCACCAAGAAUAUAGUCCCCUUGGAAUUCGUCAGCUGAUGAUGUCCUCUAUGAAUUGUCUCACUCCAUUUAGGUUGUGGGAUUCACCUUCUCGCGACGGUAGCCCUGAUGCUGUUCUGAAAAGUGCUGCUAGAACAUUUACAGGCACACCAUCCAUUUUGAAGAAACGCCACCGUGACCUGUUGUCUCCAUUGUCGCCAUUAUCAGAUAGAAGGAUUGAUAAAAAGCUUGGAACUGAUGUGACCUCCAGUCUGGCCAGAGAUUUUUCACGUUUAGAGGUAAUGUUUGAAGCCAGUGAGACACAGGAGGCACCAUCGCCUUCUCCAUCUUCAAAUCAGCACAUGACAUCUGAUGUGCAUGAAGAAGACAAAGAGAAUAUGGAAAUGUGUGAAACCAGAAUAGAAGAAGGCAUUGAUACUGCUGCAAUAUCUGCUGAUGAAAUGGCACAAAAAGUAUUUGAUGACAGUGAAUCACCAAAAAAGAUGAAGCAUGGAAAUGCUGAUGUUGAUGGCACAACAAAGGCUACUGCAGUCCCCUCUUCCCAUGAUGCGCAACAUUCUUCUGGGGUUCUUUUGGAACAAAACACAAAUGAUAUGCUAUUGUAUUCUCCUAAUCAAGCUCCUGGUAAAGCUGAGAAAUCCCUGAGCUUGAGUGAUAGAACUCCAAAAGUACAGCAUUGUAAAUCUUUUUCUGCCAAACAAGGUGCCUCUGUUAUUACCCCAACUAUAACAGUGAAGAAGCGAGAAAGUUAUUUGGUUUCACAGUCACGCACACAAUCCGAUUUAUGUGCAGCCCCCCUGGAGACAACUAGUGAUAAUCCCGGGAAUGGUGCUAGUACUGAAACAAUAUUCGGCGUUACACCACUUAAAAGAAGUAUCGAUUCCCCUUCAGCAUGGAAAUCCCCAUCAGCUUGGAAAUCUCCUUCGGCAUGGAAAUCCCCCUGGUUUAUCAACUCUUUUCUUCCUGGUCCAAGGGUUGAUACAGACAUAACGAUUGAGGAUAUAGAAUUCUUUAUGAGCCCGGGAGAUCGAAGUUAUGAUGCCAUAGGGUUAAUGAAACAGAUAAGCGAGCAUACUGCUUCUGCAUAUGCCGAUGCUCAGGAAGUUUUGGGAAAUGAUACUCCUGAAUCAUUGUUGAAGGAAAGACGGAAAGACCUUGGCAUUGUGGACUUGGAUAAAAAUCUUGCACCACCAGAUCAGCUGGGAAGUAGUUCCCUUUCCGCUCCAAAUGUUAUGGUGGAAUGUCGCACCCUUGACUUCAGCGAGUGUGGAACACCCGGGAAGGGCAAGGAAAGCGGAAAACUUUCGAAUACUAUAGGCUUCUCAAGUCCAUCGAGCUAUUUGUUGAAGGGAUGCAGGUAAUAAGCUCUUGGAAGCCAACAAG